GUUCAUGUGUGGCUGGCCUCGUUCAUCAUUUUCGAGGUUUGUUUAGCUGCUUUCUUUCUGUGUGGUGUGACUCCUUCGUAUUAUUUUGCAAUUAUGAAGAUACAGUUACAUGCUGUCUCUUUGGUGCUGUUAGGGUUAGUACUGUCUGUAACGUUGGCAGUAGAGUUACGAGAGCCCAACUUCCUGCAAGUCCCAGAGGAUCGUUCACAGUUUCUGGGCAGGGAGGUAGUGUUUCAGUGCUCUCUGGACAAUGUGACUCUGAUUCCAUGGACCAUAAAAAUGGUGCAGUUGGCUAACAGCAGGCCAAAGAUGGGGCUUUGGUAUGCUAUAAGCAACAUCAAUGAAACUGCAAAGAACUCGAAUCUGACAGUACUGGCUAGCUCUUCCUUUGAUAUGGCACCGAUAUUCUGUACUGGAAUAUUUUAUAACGAUGUCAUUGAAAAAAUUAGAUUUAAGAAAAGUGGUGUUGCUGUCCUCAGGGUUCAAGGUGUGCCAGAUGUCAUCACUCAAUUUAACGGAGACAAUACCUCUAGCACUAUGAUCCUCUUUGAAUGGACUCCCCCUACUCAUCGCCGUGGCUUGCCACCAUGCUGCGACUCCUACUACAUAAAUAUCACUCAUUUCUUAUCAUCGGAGAGUAUUGUUGAUGAUAAUGUCACAUCUCCCAGCAUUGAAUUCUCUAUUUCCGAGGAUAGGCUCUGUGAUGUACUGCUGGUGAGUAUCGUUGCAACUAAUGUUGUAGGAGAUGGAGCUGAAUUUAAACAAAGAUGGUCACUAGGAGGACAUUUUGAGACAAGAACUGCUAAUACUUCACUGAUGUAUACCAGUGCUGGUGCACUUAUAUUAGAUAUUAGGAUUGAGAUCAGGGGCUAUUGCCUGUCUGAUCUUAGUAAUGUGACUUUCUCUCUUCGUUGUGAUGAUACUCCAAAUGAUCUGGUGACUACAAGACUGAUCAAUGCCCUCCCUAAUGACAGAGCUCACUCAACUGAACUGAACCUGACAAUAACUGACAUACACACUGAGAGAAGGUGCUUGUGGGAUGUAGCACUAGACAAUGAUGUGGACUAUAACGGGCUCCUUA